CUGCUUGCCGCCUCCUUUAAGCGCGCUUUGACUCUUUCCCAUUUUCUCUCGUUUCUCUUUUAAAACCCUAGAAAUUUCUUUCUUAUCUGCAGCCCUCUUUCCUGAUUCUUCCAAUUCAAACUAUCUCCAUUUCAGGUAGAUAUCUCCUUCAUCUUUCUCUCCGUCAUUAGAUCUAUCUCCUCAUUUUGCAGAUUCUCGUCUCGUAUUCAUCAGGGAAUUCGAGAGAAUUCCCCUUGAAUGUGGGGAAACGAGGUGAAGGUUGUUUUUACUUGAGACCUACAAGAUGGAUGCCAUUGGCUCUGGAGUGUUACAUCUGAACCCAUCUGGUUUUCGUCUUCGCAGUGCUAGUCAUAAUUCACCGGCAUCAUGUCCUCAGGCCAGUGUUUCCUUUGUUCAUGGCACGUCUAUUAGCUGUUCCUCUGAAGGAUCAAGAAAUCUAAAUAAAUCAUUACAGCCAUUGACCUUCUCGUUAUCCGACUUAGCUGACAGAAAUGGGAUUCUGGGGAGUGCAUAUCUUUCUGAGCCUGUUCAUAAGAGAGGGCUUGUUGGGCAAACAUUCUGCUCUGCAGGAGUGUGCACAUUUCCUGAAACUGCAUUUGGAGUUCCUUCGCAAACCACACACGAGAAGGUUGGAGUGCUGCUAUUGAACCUUGGAGGACCCGAGACACUUCAUGAUGUUCAACCAUUUUUAUUCAAUUUAUUUGCAGAUCCAGAUAUUAUCCGACUUCCUAGACUUUUCCGGUUCCUUCAACGACCACUUGCUCAACUAAUUUCUGUUCUCAGAGCUCCAAAAAGUAAAGAGGGAUAUGCUUCCAUUGGAGGUGGUUCGCCAUUGCGACGAAUAACAGAUGAGCAGGCACUUGCACUGAAAGUGGCCUUGGAAGCAAAGAAAAUGCAUGUAAAUGUUUAUGUUGGAAUGCGAUACUGGCACCCUUUCACUGAGGAAGCCGUUCAUCAGAUUAAGAAGGACGGAAUUACAAAGCUUGUUGUGCUGCCACUUUAUCCCCAGUAUUCUAUCUCCACAAGUGGGUCAAGCAUCCGCCUUCUCCAAAGCAUCUUCAGUGAAGACUCUUAUCUAGCAAGACUGCCAGUAUCUAUCAUAAAGUCGUGGUAUCAACGUGAAGGUUAUAUCAAGUCAAUGGCUAACUUGAUUGAGAAAGAACUACAGAGUUUCUCUAAACCUGAAGAGGUUAUGAUAUUCUUCAGUGCACAUGGGGUGCCAGUAAGUUAUGUUGAGGAUGCAGGGGAUCCUUAUAGAGAUCAGAUGGAAGAUUGUAUCAGUUUAAUAAUGGAAGAAUUGAAAUCUAGAGGAAUUGCCAACAGUCACACUCUUGCAUACCAGAGCCGAGUUGGGCCUGUACAGUGGUUGAAGCCCUAUACUGAUGAAGUGAUUGUGACGCUUGGUCAGAACGGUGUGAAGAGUCUGCUAGCUGUUCCAAUAAGCUUCGUAAGCGAGCACAUCGAAACUCUGGAAGAGAUCGACAUGGAGUACAGGGAGUUGGCCCUCGAAUCGGGCAUCGAGAACUGGGGUAGGGUCCCAGCUCUUGGAUGCACCUCAUCCUUCAUCUCUGAUCUGGGGGAUGCCGUGAUUGAAGCCCUCCCAUCUGCAAUUGCCAUGUCAACUGCCAAUGACACAUCCCGAGAAGCUGACUUGGACCCAUUGAGAUCUGCAAUCAAGUUGUUCUUUGGUUCGAUUCUUGCAUUCUUUCUGAUGUUAUCCCCAAAACUGAUAUCCACAUUCAAGAAUUACCUCCACUGAAGAUUCUCUCUCAGAUUGAAACCGCAACAAAGAUUCUCCCGAUCCACACAGAAAAAAUUACACAAUGAUUAUA